AUGAUGGAUCCCCUCAUCGCGGUCGUUGGGGCGACGGGGACUGGAAAGUCUAAGCUCGCAGUGGACCUAGCUUCACGAUUUAAUGGCGAAAUCAUCAAUGGUGAUGCUAUGCAGAUGUACCGUGGCCUGCCAAUCAUUACGAAUCAGAUUCCAAUUGAAGAGCGAAAUGGCAUCCCCCACCACCUGUUGAGCUGUGUCGAUCUGGAUGCGGAGCCGUGGCACAUCAGUCGUUUCAAGAAGGAGGCCCUACGCCUGAUUGACGACAUUCGGGCGCGUGGUAAAGUCCCGAUUCUCGUCGGAGGUACCCAUUACUACACCCAGGCAGUCCUCUUCAAGGACCAGUUGCUAGGAGAAGGAUCGGAUGACAAAGAGGUCUCACAAUCAACGGAGUUUAUUCCAUCGACUUCCGAGAAAUGGCCCAUCUUGGAUUCUCCCCCCGAUGUUCUGAUGGAGAAGUUGAAAGAGGUGGAUCCAGUCAUGGCGGCACGAUGGCACCCGAAAGAUGGGCGAAAGAUCCGGCGCUCGUUGGAAAUCUAUUUCCAGACCGGAAGACCGGCGUCCGAAAUAUACGCAGAACAAAAAUUGACAAAAUCUCAAGCAGUCAUGGAGGAUGAGAGUCUAUUUCGGUUCAAUAACACCUUGAUUUUUUGGGUACACGCCCGCAAGGAAGUCCUCGAUAUGCGCCUAGAUGCGCGCGUCGAUGGUAUGAUAGAGCAGGGCUUGAUGUCAGAAGCUCGAACCAUGUGGGACUAUGUCAAGGAAAAAGAGGCCGAAGGCAUCUGUGUCGAUCAAACCCGCGGUGUCUGGGUGUCUAUAGGGUUCAAGGAACUGGCCCCGUACUUUGGCGCUCUCCAGGAAGCUCAGAUGAGCGAUGACGAGCUUGAGGCUCUACGGAAGAGGUGUCUCCAGUCCAUUCAGACUGCCACGCAUCAAUACGGCAAGUCUCAAACAAAAUGGAUUCGGAAUAAACUUUGGCACGCUCUAUCUGAAGCCGGUCUGACUCAACGCCUCUACCUUCUGGACAGUAGUGACGUGAACAAAUGGGAGGAAUGCAUUACAACACCAUCUGAAAAUAUUGUACAGCUUUUCUUCCGCAAUGAAACCGUUCCUGAUCCCAAAUCGCUGUCUGAGCUGGCAAAUACCGUGCUCGGUGCAAGAGAAGAGCAAGGUCAGUCGCAGGCAGCCUUGGAGAGUUUCACUUGCGACGUCUGUAACAAGACAGUCGUCGGCGAAGAGCAGUGGAACAUUCAUCUCAAUGGAUAUACUCAUAAACGGACUUUGAAAUCCCAGGCGAAAAGAGCAGAACGGGAUGCCUACUUUCGGAAACGAGAACUCGAAGCCCAACAAAAUACGCCUUCUGCAACCGAUUCUUGCAAGAAGGGAACCAAUGAAGAUUAA